CAUCUCUUCUGCGUGUGAACCGCUUUCUCCUUUGAAAAAAAAUGGGUCAAUGUCAAACACUGUCCGGGUCAGAGUUCGGGCAGGCCGUGUCAGUUCCCUUGAGUACAAACAUGCCCGGCCCGCCGAAUCAGCAAAACAGCGGCGGAGGCCACUUCGUCUCACGACACUCAUUGCAAAACCUCGCUCCGAGAACAUUGGGGCGGACCUACCGCAUCGGUAAUGAGGCUCUCCUACGUAUGGCGUGGCCGCAUUCGUUGUGUGUGUCUGUUGUUUGCGCAGGGAGGAAGGUGGCAAGUGGGGCCUUCGGGACAGUCUACAUUGCAAGACACACAGGGCUCCAUGAAAAGAGAGGUACCAUCGUGUUUGUCCAUGUGCUUUAGCCAUAUUGUACACACAGCUUGCCGUGCCGUCUUGUGUGUUUGGCGUGGCGUGCAGCAUUGAAGCGAGUUUGCAAGGCCGAUGUGCAGAGUGAGGCCGUCUUUCGACAGGAGGCCGCCCUCAUGAACGAACUGGACCACCCGAAUAUUCUGAAAGUGUAUGAGCUGUUUGAGGACAAGGAGAACUUCUACUGUGUCACGGAGCUCAGCACGGGGGGAGAGGUCUUCGAAAAAUUCCUCAAGCACAACUUCUCUGAACCCAUGGCGGCGAGUGUGCUGCAACAGGUCGGCAGGGGUCUGUACCUUAGUCGCAGGUCAGUUUCACUUCAAUCUUUUCUAUGUGUGUGUGUGAGUAGGUGUUGAGUGCGGUUGCCUAUUGCCACGAGAAGCACGUCUGUCACCGAGACAUGAAGCUCGAGAAUGUUUUAUUCGACUCCAAAGACCCAAAGGCACCAAUCAAGGUGAGAUUAUUGACACCUGAGAGACAGACAGACAGAUCUUAAAGGCACAGAGGUUUCCAUCUUUGCUGCAGGUUAUCGAUUUCGGUUGUGCGACUCGUUUUCGUCCCCACAGGCCGAUGCGGGAAGUCGUCGGAACCACAUACUAUGUACGGGUACCGACUGACGUGACGCUAUUUGCGGUGUGUGAUUGACGGACUGUUGACGACAGAUGGGUACGUGACGCGAGACGGACCAUGGCGCAUCGACCGAGACAAAAUAACGAAAGCCGUGUCUCGCUUCGUCUCUGUCUGUCAGCUCCUGAGGUGUUCUGCGAGUCGUACAAUGAGCUGGUCGACGAGUGGUCGUGUGGGGUGAUGCUCUACAUGAUGCUGGUGAGCCCCUCCUUCUCCUCCUACUUUUGCUGUCCUUUGGGGAUGUGGGGUAUGCCUGUGCGUUCGUUUGCUCAGGCCGGUCACCCGCCCUACCUGGGCGAGAGUGAGGAUGCCACCGAGAGGCUCAUCUCUUCGGGCAAGCCGAUCCGUUUCGAGCCUGCUGCACUGUGGCGGGACAUCUCGCCACAGUGCAAAGACCUCAUCCUCAAGGUCAGACAUCAUACGUGUACACACCCAUCGAUACGUCGCUUGUCCGCUUGCUUCCAGCUUUUGAACCGCAACCCGUCGAGGCGGCUGACUGCAUUUAGGGCACUCCAGCACGAGUGGUGCGUAUGACACACGCAGCGGAGGGGAAAGGGAGGCACUCUCGGUAUGCUCGUCAGGUUUCGGAAGAAUGUUGACCAACGUAGAGGCUCCUUUUCGAGCAGCCGUCGUGCCUCUGUGGCCAUCGAAAAGAUCGUCCAGAAUCUGGCUGCAUUCAAAGCUCCUCUGAGGCUGCAGCAGGUCAGUUAACCGCCCACUUACACAUCUCAUCCCCCAUCCGCGGAGACAGAAGCCAUGUAUGAUCAUUGCUGUCUGCACUGCAGACCACCCUCUCCUUGGUGGUGCAUCAGCUGGUCCCCAAGGCUGAGUUGCAGGAGCUUGCAGCAGCUUUUGGCGAGAUGAACAAAUCGGGGAAUGGGGUCAGUCAGCCCACAGAAGGGCCAACACAGACACAGCAUGGGCACGUGACACCUGUUUGCUGCUGUGGCUGCGUUAGGAGAUCACUUUGGCUGAGUUCCAGCAGUUUUUUGACCGUUGGCACCGCUCUGACAGCGGUCCUCUCCUCAGCAGCCAGGAGGUCGCGGCCAUUUUCGCCAACGUCGAUGUGAAUGGGAAUGGGUUCGUUAGCUACAGCGAGUUCCUGCAGGCCGCAUUUGAACCUCACAAGCUGCUCAGCAAAGACAGGAUCAAAGUAGGUCAGACAAGCUUCUUUGUUCACCCGCAGCUUGCCUGCACCCUGCCUGCGGUCUGCAUAUAGCGUUCUUUCGACAUGCUUGACGUCGAUGGGGACGGCUACCUCUCGCUGGCAGACCUGGAGGAUGUCAUGGCGCCAGGCAGGUGGGCAGAUCAGAGGGCAUGGUGGCAACGGAUGAGUACAGGAAUGGGCCACUGUGUCUCCUUAGGGUUGCGCUGCCUCAGCUGGUCUUCAGCGAGAUUGGCAAGUCGGGGGAGGGAGAUGGGCGCAUCGGUCAGACAACCGAAAAGCCAAACCGAAACGCAAAAAACUGCGUCCAUCAAUGUCUCUCUGGUCCGCUUGUCGUUAUUCAGACCUGACAGAGUAUGAGACGGUCAUCCGUGCCCUCAUCCCGGCCACACUCACUCCGCGCAGGUCGGGCAGCCUUGCAUCCUUCAUUCGCGGCGCCUCCAUGCUCUCAUUGCUCUCGGGCCCGUCGAACAAAGACUCAAGAAGCGGAUCGACAGAGGACGUGUCUCAGGGCACACCCCACAAGAGACGCAGGCGGCCGAGCGGCAGCAAUGCGAGUGUGGGCGAUAGCAGCUCCACACAGUCGCCAAAGUCGCCCGUCAGGAAGGGCGAGUGGACGCCCUCGACCGAGAGGAGGGAAUCGGGGGGCUGUGGGGGGGAAGAAAAGACAAAGGAGGCGCAGUUGCAGGCGCCUCCUCCGUUGUUUCAGGAAGACAUGGUUCGCUUUACGAGUGGGGGAGGCAUAAGCGGGGGUGAAUCGAAUUGACUUGAUUUGGGGAACGUUGCACGCUUACGUCUGUGUGUGCAUUUGUCAUUUAUUGGGAGUUCCCUCUGGCGGGCUUUUGUAUGAGAUAGCUAGCUUGUAAUAGCUAGGGGACAAAAAGUGAGAGUACUUGGCUAUUUUGGUGUCCAUGCAUGCUCUGUUCUUCCUCCACAGGGGCAUCACAUCAAGAACGGUAGCCACCACACAUUCAUACGUACAUGUAUCGAUGGCCUGUGCUUACCUUUUCUCGUGUGUUUCAAACGAAUGCGACUAGCCCCACGGUACUCACCGACACCAGUAAGAUGGUGUUGAUGUGGAAAACACUUAGUGUGCCCGCUUGUCUUCCUCGUUCCAGUGCCUUUUUCCCAUGCUUACACCCCCAUGUCUUACAGAAAAUGGCAUCCCUCACCCUCCCCCCAGUAGACAUGCAAUCCCC